UGGCGUCGGUGGGGGACAGAGAAGUAAGAGCCGGACCCUUCACCGUUAUUAAACACCGCUGGUUCGGACACCGUAUGAACUAAAACGGCGACGGGAGCGAAAGUGUGUCGACUCAUUUCAUCAGCCGCAACACACAGUUUGGUGCGGUGUGUGUGUGGUUGCUUUUGUUUUCGGUUAGCCUGCCGUUGACUUGGACAGCUCAUUAGCUUCAACUUGGAAAAGCCAACGUUAGCCCGGGCUAGCUGUGUAGCUCCAUCGGCUGCUUGGAUUUUUCUGUGCGGCAUUCAUGGAUUAAUAGCCCGACCCGUAUGAACUCCAGGCGGCAUAUAUCUAUUUAAAAACUAUUGUUUUCACUAAAGCAGCUGGCCAUGAGCCACUUCUAUUGAAAACAAACACUUCAUAAAGGAAUACGGUGCACAGAGACAGAUCUGGCAUUGCGACACUAUCUGGAGUGUCGAGACGGAGCGACUUGGCCGUCAUGUAUUUUCUUACCGGCUGGCCCCGGAGGCUUCUUUGUCCGCUGAGGAGUGAAGAGGAGCCCUUCUACAUCCAGCCCAGCUCGCAGAGGUUUUACUUCGCCGUGCUCUCGGAGACACAGCUCAGCAUCUGGUUUAGUCGGCCCAGUGUUUUGAUAGUCAGCUAUAUCGAGUCUGCAAAGGCGGCCGCCCAGUUUGGCUUCUACCAGAAGGCAGAAUGGAAACCAGACGACUCCAUGAUAGCUGUGGCGACUGCCAAAGGCUACAUCCUCCUGUUUGAUGUGCUGGGUGGAGGGGAUGACAAGUACCUAUAUGAGCCUGUCUACCCAAAAGGAAGUCCUCGUGUGAAGGUGACCCCGGGCUAUAAGGAGGAGCAAUGUGCCCCUGCUCUGUCUCUAGAGAUGAAGAAGCCUGUAGAUCUGGAGGCCCCCAUCACCAGUCUCCAGUCCCUCCAGGAGGACUUACUGGUGUGCACCGCAGACGGCUACCUCCAUGUGCUGCACUGGGACGGGCUGGGCAGCAACGGACGCAAGGCCAUCUGCCUCACUACCAUCCCCUUCUCACUAGACCUACAGUCUGCUCGAGGUGGUCCCUCUCUGGACCUGGAGGGAGUGCAUAUCCGUUGUAUGGAGUAUUGUGUAACCCUGGACGGCUUCGCUGUGGUACUGAGCGACGGACGCUUGGGCUUUAUCACACCACUCAGCAACAUCAUCACAGCAGAUCAGCUGCAGGGCGUCUGGGCAGCAGAUGUGACUGAUGGCACCUGCGUGGCCGUCAACAACAAAUACAGACUGAUGGCUUUCGGCUGUGCCAGUGGCUCAGUGCUGGUCUACAUGAUAGACACCACAACAGGAUCCAUGCAGCUCUCCCACAAACUGGAGCUCACCCCAAAACACUACCCAGACACCUACAACAAGACAGGCCCAGUCAAGCUCAUCUGCUGGUCACCUGACUACAGCGUUGCCAUGGUUACAUGGGAGUGUGGAGGCCUGUCGCUGUGGAGUGUCUUUGGAGCUCACCUAAUCUGCACUCUGGGAGAGGAUUUUGCGUAUCGUUCUGAUGGUACCAAGAAGGAUCCCAUUAAAAUCAGCUCUAUGAGCUGGGGAGCAGAGGGCUACCAUCUGUGGGUGAUCCCUAACAAACAGGAGAGGAGGAAGCAGCAGGAGGAGCAGCAAGAGGAGAAGGAGGGGGAGGAGGUAGAGAUGGUGCCACCUCCUCAGUCCUCCCAGCAGCCCGGCAUACUGCAAUUCCACUUCAUCAAGAGUGCUCUCACAGUGAACCCCUGCACGAGUAACCAGGAGCAGGUGUUACUUCACGGUGAAGACCGCCUUUAUUUGACCUGUGGCGACCCCACACAGGUCCACAACACCUCUGACACACACCCACACACACACAUGCACCCACACGACAGCAGCCCACUGCACAACCCCCCCAACCCCGAAUCCUCUCUCUCUCAGGGACUCAGCACUUUACUUGGACACAAGCACUGGCACGUGGUCCAGAUUCACAGCACAUACCUAGAGAGCAACUGGCCUAUAAGGUUUGCAGCCAUAAACACAGAAGGCCAGUGCAUGGCUGUCGCAGGGAGGCGGGGCUUGGCACACUACUCUUUAUUCACGAGGAAAUGGAAACUGUUUGGAAAUAUCACUCAGGAGCAGAACAUGACAGUAACAGGCGGUCUGGCUUGGUGGAAAGACUUUGUGGUGGUGGCCUGUUACAAUUUUAUAGACCAGCAAGAACAGUUGAGGCUCUAUCAACGAUCAUCCAACCUGGACAACGCCUUUGCCUCGGUCACGAAGCUGCAAUCAGACACUCUGCUGCUCAACGUCUUCAGAGACAUGGUCAUCUUGUUCAGAGCUGACUGCUCCAUCUGUCUCUAUAGUAUAGAGAGGCGGAACGACAGUCCAAACCCGUCGGCCAGCGUGGAGUUGCUGCAGGAAGUGUCGAUGUCUCGCUACAUCCCACACCCUGCCCUAGUGGUGUCUGUCACACUCACGUCUGUGCGGACAGAGACUGGCAUCACAUUGAAAGCCCCGCAGCAGGCCUGCAUGGCAGAGAGCAUCAUGUUGAAUCUGGCUGGCCAGUUGAUCAUGCUACACAGGGACCGUUCGGGGCCGCAGGUACGAGAGAAAGAGACGCCCGCCAACAAUAAGAAACAGCUACCAUUCUGUCCUCCGGUAGUGCUGGCCCAGUGCGUGGAGAAUGUGUGGACCACAUGUCGCUCCAACAGGAAGAAACGCCACCUGCUGGAGGCCCUGUGGUUGUCAUGUGGUGAGGCGGGCAUGAAAGUCUGGCUGCCGCUGUUCCCCCGAGACCACCGCAAGCCUCACUCCUUCCUCUCCAGGCGCAUCAUGCUGCCCUUCCACAUCAACAUCUACCCGCUGGCCGUGCUGUUCGAGGAUGCCCUGGUACUGGGGGCGACCAAUGAGACCGUGCUGUAUGACGGGCUGCAGGGUUCCUCGGAGCCACUGGAGGCGCUGUUCCCCUUCUGCACCGUAGAGAGAACCUCCCAGAUCUACCUCCACCACAUUCUGAGGCAGCUGCUGGUUCGCAACCUGGGUGAACAGGCUUUGAUGCUGGCUCAGUCGUGUGCCUCCCUUCCCUAUUUCCCCCACGUCAUGGAGCUGAUGGUGCACGUGGUGCUGGAAGAAGAGGCAACAUCGAGAGAGCCCAUCCCUGACCCUCUGCUGCCCACCGUGGCCAAGUUCAUCACCGAGUUCCCCCUCUUUCUCCAGACCAUCGUCCACUGUGCCCGGAAGACGGAGUACGCCUUGUGGAACUACCUGUUCGCUGCUGUGGGGAACCCCAAGGAUCUGUUCGAGGGGUGUCUCAUGGCUCGAGAUCUGGACACAGCAGCCUCCUAUCUGAUUAUACUGCAGAACAUGGAGGUUCCAGCAGUGAGCAGACAGCACGCCACUCUGCUCUUCAACACGGCGCUUGAGGAGGGCAAGUGGGACCUCUGCCGACACAUGAUCCGAUUCCUCAAAGCCAUCGGCUCUGGAGAGAUGGAUACCCCGCCCCCAACUCCCACCACACAGGAACCCAGCUCAAGUGGGGGUUUUGAGUUCUUCAGAAAUCGCAGCAUCAGCUUGUCUCAGUCGGCUGACUCCAUCACUACGGGCAAGUUCAACCUGCAGAAGACCUUCAGUAUGCCCACUGGACCUUCUGCUAAAGGUCGGGAUGUGGAGUGUGCAGAGAACAUGUAUAUUGAUCUGAUGCUCUGGCGCCACGCCCGCCACCUCCUGGAGCAGGUACGCCUUCGUGACCUGGGGUGUUUCUCAGCACAGCUGGGCUUCGAGCUCAUCGGCUGGUUGUGUCGUGAACGAAACCGCGUGGCCCGCGUUGAUGAUUUCGUUUUGGCGUUAAAGAGACUCCACAAAGAUUUUCUCUGGCCAUUCCCUGUUAUCCCCGUGGGAAGCCUCAGCUCACCGCUGAAGAACGGACGGUGUCGCACAGUUCUGAGUACACGGCUGUUGAAGUCGCAGUCAGCUGACAGCUUGCUGAACAGUGACAUGGACACAGCGCCCCCUCAGGCUGCUCCCAGCAACCACACCUGGCUGGACGGGAUCGGGGAGAGGACCAAAGACAUGGAUACAGCCUCGUCUGCUCACUCCAACCAACACUCACCACAGACACAUGACGCUUUCCUGUCACUGCUCACCAACAAAGUGGAGGAGUACAGUAUUGGCUCAGCUACAGACUUAACAGAGACCAGCUCAGUGGUGGAUGGUGAUUGGACGAUGGUCGAUGAGAACUCCUCGACUCUGAGUCUCAGCCAGGCCGAGCUGGAGCACAUCUCCAUGGAGCUUGCCAACAAAGGCCCGCACAAGUCGCAGGUGCAGCUCAGGUAUCUCCUCCACGUGUUCAUGGAGGCGGGUUGUCUGGAGUGGUGUGUUGUGAUUGGUUUGAUACUGCGGGACGCCAAUGUCAUCAAGCAGGUCAUCAGCUUCCUGGACAGCCCCGAGGUUCCCACAGAAACUGUUCAGAGUGUCCGAAACGGCUUGUUGGCUGUCGACACGUGGGCCUCUACUGACUGCCUGGGAUACAAACCAUUUCUCAACCUGAUCCAGCCGCACCUACAGCAGCUGAUGGAUUCAGCGGCUGAGCAGGUGCAGCCCGAGGCCUUCCAGCCCGUCAGCCAGAUCUCCAAACUCGGCGGCUCUGAGGGGCUGGGAGGCGCCGCUUUACCACGUCCUGAGGACAGCAGGGGAGCAGCGGCUCCACUGGGCCUGGCCCUGCCCUCCAUUGAACCUGCUGGAGGUUUUCCGAGACCCCCCUCUGAGGACUGUCCUCCUGAGCAGACAGAGGAGCAGGGAGACGAGGAGGGAAACUAUGACUGCACCUUGUCCUGAACUCAGGAAUCUCGUCUGGACUCUAACCUGUGAGCUUUGUGCCCGUGUGAGAAAGGGAGGAGGAAGCAGCAGCAGUUGCUGACUGGAAAUAGACUGUGUGUGUGUGUGUGUGUGCGUGUGUGUGUGUGUGUGUGUGUGUGUGUGUGUGUGUGUGUGUGUGUGUGUGUGUGUGUGUGUGUGUGUGUGUGUGUGUGUGUGUGUGUGUGUGUGUGUGUGUGUGUGUAAGCGCACAGAAAGUACCUCUCCUGCAGGUUCUUGCUUCAGUCAGUAUUACCCACUCUUCAGAUUUGCCCUCUGUGUUGACUAGAGCCCCUGUGGAUACUGAGUGACAGACAGACCAGCUGGCACAAAGACAUGACAGCACAACCAGAGAAAGUCUGACACCUCCUUUCUAGCAGGCUUAUUUUCUCCCAAAAUGUGCUGUUAGAAAAAAAAAAAAGGUCACCUGUGUGAGUGUGUGUGUUUCCAUGUGCUUUGUGGUGUUCAGAAGCUGUAGACCAGCACAGGAAAGUACAGGCUUCCUAUUCCAAGACAGAUGUUUUGUGUGCAACUUUUCUUUGGCACUUAUUUAAGUGCAACUGGAGACUUUGAAAUGUUUUUUUUUUUCUUCCCCACAGUCCAGACAAAAAGCUCCAUUGUUUCCUUUUUGGUUAAUGCAAGCAGUGCAAAGAUCACUUCAAAGAAAAAAUAAGAAACCCUGUGUAUUUGAUCAUCAUGCUACGUUGCUGAGGAUAAUGUAGAACAAAGCUCUAGUCGUGAACCAUUCACAAGAUGCACUGAAGUGUAUCUGAGCCUACAGUUAAGUGUGCAGUUAUGUUUGUGUGCACAAGGGGUGUUUCAUACUUUCAUACCUCAUAUGAUUUUAAAAUAUUUUGUGAUACCUUUUUCAAUAAUGUAACAGUGUACAACAAGAUGACAUUAUUUUUCUAUUGAUCACACCUUUGUCCCUUCCUGUAAAAAGCAGUCAUAGUAUGAAUUCUGUGUAAUUCUUGAGAAGUGACGACCUUAAGAUUUCUAAGAAAAUGAUCUCUGAGAAAAAUCCACUAUUGCGAGUGCAGACUAGUUUCUUACCACUGAUCAGUACCUGCGUUCAUGUAUUUUUCAUGCACCAGAUGAGGUUGUAACAACGCCCCGACCUUGCCGAGGUCCAGGUCCUAAAAGUGUCUGAGCCAAAAUCAGCUGCUCUCCUUCAGGUGGGGCCCAAAGCAGAUUGCUGCUGAACUGGCCAGAUUUCAGGCUGCAGUGCAGUGAAAGGUCCUGGGCAAAACAGACGCUAUAAAAACCAAAUCAUAUGAUGCUUUAUCCAGCUUUUAAACACACAUUUUGUGUUUGUAUGAGAGACUGCAAGUGUGUGUCCUAUCAUUAGUGAGGCAGAUCAUGAAUAUUGUUAUUAAAGCCAUCCGACUCUGUAGAUUUUGUACCGAUCCCUCGUUGCGAGAACAUCAUUUGAUUCCCGCUUCAGUAAUGUUAACAGUGAACAUCAGUAUCCUUUUUUUUCAUGUGUAAUGGACCCCAAACAUCUGAUAAGGACUCAUAUUUCGUCCAGUCCCACUAUUAUUAUUAUACUCUGAGGGUCCAACAACGUGCAUAUCCCAUCGCUGACAUGCUCGAGACAAUGAUAACUGACUCCGCCACAUGUUGAUACAGCAUGUGUGGUGACUUCCAUCACAUGGAAUUGAGUUUUAUUGUAGUAGUCCUCAUUAUUACUAUUAUUUAUUGGCGUUUUAGCUGAGUUAUAAUUGCUGAAUUGAUACCUGGAGAUGUGCUUGGUUUUUUUUUUUUUUUUUUUUUAAUGACUGAUCACAAACCCUUUAGUUAAUCAAAGUCGUAUAUUGGCUCUCUACCGCAAGCACUAAAGGUUUAUCAUGGAUAUGUCAGUAUUAUAUUGUGCAAUGUAUUGAAAUGUUACUCAGCUUUAUUUUUUUGUGUUCAUUACUUUUUCUUUUUCUGUUUCAUCCCCCCAUCUGUUCACUUCUACUUUUCACAACAGAUCAAAUUAUAUUUUACAGAUUUGUUUCGCUCUCUCUUGUCUGGCAAGAUGAGUCGGGUUUGGUUAUCGGUUAAAAGGAAAAGGCUGGCAAUAUUCUUCAUAUUUCUCACUGGCAACAAAUCUCAUGGGUAGAACCAAACCAACAUUGAACUCAUCCUACUAGAUAAGUAUAGUGUGUUUGUGUGUAUCCUCUGAACCGUAGAUCUCCGUUAUCAUCCAAAAAAAACAUAUCAAUGAGCCACACUGCUGAGUGACUGAGUGAAAUCUUCAUUCACCCUGAAGGCAGUGGCUACAGCUCCAAAGACUAAUAAGUGAUAAGGUUUUUAAUCUUGAGAGAGUAGUUCCUUGUGUGACAGAUCAACACCCUUGACUUUGUACUGAAAUCCUUUGAGAAUCUAUUAUGUAGUACAAAAUCAAUAUCCCGUGACAUGUGGCACAACAAGCUAACAAAGCUCUGUAAACAGAUGUGUUCGCAGGCCUCUGUCGUACUUACUACUCUCCUGAGACUGAAAUUCUUAUCGCUGUUUCUAAACAAACUACAGUAGUCGUUGCUUUCAUGGUGAAGUAACAUGUCGCCCGGUGCAGCUCGUUGACAUGUUUUUAACUAGUUUUUGGAUAACAACGGAGGUCUACAGCACAGAGGAUUACAGUCUCUCAGCUUUUGAUAACAAGACAAUUCUUUUAAGUAGGAUGUUGGUUUGGUUCUGCACAUGAGAUUUGUCGACUGGGAGGGAAAAACAACUGAAACUCGACAGCCUUAGCCAUUAAAAACUUCAAUUCUGUUUUUAUAACUUGAGUACUAACAAAAAGGGCAAAAGGACUGCAGUGUUGUUGACUCUAAUGUCCUGUUGUCACUCAACAUGAAUCCUGUCUGUCGCCCCCUCGGUCUCCACUCUGAACAAGCCUACAGCUACACUACGCUGCUGCGCUGUAAGCUUUACUUGAAAACGGUAACUUGAUGAACCAAAGACUUUAACGUCCAGAGGCCUUCUGUUUUAACCGGUUGCUUCGAUUUGAGCGCGAGUCAUUAUGCAGAGGGAACAAAAACCUCACACACAAAAAAAAAAACCCUCCCUCUCAUCACAAACAUAACCAUUGACGCACAGAACUAAUGCUGACGGCAUACGAGACAAUUUCCUACGGAAAUGAAUAUUUCAGAUCUUUUUAUGGUUUCCUUCUCUGCGAACGAGGAGUGGUCACAUGGUACGCGGCUUUCAGUCCACUCCGAGGUGGACAGCGCUCCCUCCCUCCCUCCCUCCUGUGUACAGUUUAAAAAGUAUUGCCUGCUUCCUGUCUCAGAGGUCAGUUUUAUUUCUGGGGCAGCAGCAGACAUCCUCAAUGCAGUGUAAAGAUACUCUCUUGUACAUUUGCCUUUUCUACUCAUGUUUGGUUUUCUACUUCAUUUUUUCCUUGUACAUAAAGACCAAUAAAUUAUUUUUAA